CCCGCCAUUCCCGGAGUACACGGUGUAUUCCCAGCCAAAUUCAACGUACUUUAGUAAUGAAUUCAUGCAAUACCCGCUAUAUCCGCCUUAUCCGGAGUACACGGUGUAUUCUAAGCUAAGUUGAUGUGUUUAGUUGAUGAAUUCAUGCCAUAACCGCUAUACCCGCCAUACCCGGAGUAUCCGGUGUAUUCUAAACAAACUUGAACAUUCUUUGAUUAUGAAUUCAGUCUCGACCUCAUGCUUAAUCUAUUCCAUUCAACAAUACUAUGACAUUAGUAGUAACUGUAAGUUUCUUACGAUUUAGAAAUCGUUCAACUUUGUUCUGAAUACACCGGGUAUUCCGGGUUUGACGGGUAUAGCGGGAACUGAUCGAAUUUAUUACUCUUGUGUUAGUUUGUAAGUAGAAUCAUAGCGGGUGUUGUUUCACGCAUGUUGUUGUGAGAAAUGCAUACUUUUGUUUUAUUUCUACUGAGUUACGUAAUCAUCUUUGUGUUCCCUAUUGAAAAUGAACAAACAACCGUCUUACAAUGGCAUUACUGAAACUACCCAAUGAUAAAGCAAUGUGGCUACUCUAUAUAAAGAGACAGAAAAAGGCAAGAAUCAGUUCAUUCACUAUGAGUAAGCCGUGCUCUCAGCUCAACAGCAAGCUCAUAAGGGAUGCGGCCGAAUGCCACCUCGUCGGACCAAUACAGAACCUCUGUUCUGUCAUAUCAUUUAAAUGCAUCUGGAGGGUAGAUGAAAUAGAAAACGCGUGGUCGUGGAUUUGUUCAAAAAGAGAAGAAUGCGAUACAGCGCUGGCGAAACUUAAAGAAGUCUCAUUUUUCUUCUCUGCCAUAAGCACGUCUAAGCUGAAGCAAGCUAAAAUGUCUGAAGAGGCAGCAAACGAAGAGUCAGGACGAGAUGACGAGGAGACGGUCGUUGCAUCUCAAGUUUCUACGCCGGGGAAGCAAAUAUAUCCUGCGAUUUCCUACUGGGUUGCAUGCCAGAUUACCUUUUUAGAUGGAGACGAGGAUAACUAUUCUGGCAGUGACGCAGAGACGUUCAACAAGCUGAGUAUCGCAACUGCCGGCCUUUCAGCAUGCGAAAGCGACAGCUCAACAUUUUACUAGAGAAGAUGAAAGGAGAGAGGAGUUUGCACCAGCAACUAAACAAGGCCCGUAAAUCUAAAAUGCUGAAAAGCCGAAGUAAAGGCUGGUGGAUCUGGGAGUUCCACACAACUUGCUGGAAUUAUUACCGGAAGACCCCGAAGAUGCAAUGCCCGAGGAAAUAAUCGUGGAACUAGGCCGGAUUAGAGAGGAUCACCAGAAGUCUGAGGCUGAGAAAA